UAAUCGGACUUUGUGCUAAAGGUGGAUUUUCAAAUAUAUAUAAAGCUAUAUAUAAAAAAGGAAUAAUCAUUGACUGGGAUAAUAAUAAAAAAGAAUUUAUUCGCCUUUCUUCGCCUGUUGUAUUAAAAUCUUUAAAUUAUUCUUCUCAGAUUAGUGAAAGGUUUUUAAAAGAGGUUGAAAAUUGUCAUAAAAUUAGAGCUUAUAAUGUUAAU